AUGUUCUUCGAAACGCUUGUACUUCGAGCUACAGUUGAUAGACGUCAUCUCGCCGUUUUUUAUCGUCCGCAAAAACUGAGACACUUGGGAAACCGCACGCCUUCGAAAGAUACAGUAAGAUGUGAGUUUUCCUCAUCGCUAAUUUCAUCCAGUCAAGCAGUCAACUACAAUACUUUCGAUUGGUUUGUACUGAUUGAAAUGAUCAGGUGGAAUUGA